AGUUAAGCGUUGCCAUAUAUCAUAUAAUCCCGCCUGAUUUUGGCGCAGAUUUUUGGCGUCUCGGUCUUCCGGUAUUCGCAAUUUGUAAACUCGAUAGCGCGCUCAACAGUUAUGUCGAAGAAAUUAAACACAAGUGCUGGCGGUACGCCUAAAAAUACCUUGUUUAAUUACUUUGCCAAAUCACCAGCGGUUGACAAAAAGAAACUCACACCAAGUAUUGAUAAAGAAGCUCAAAAGGAGAAUCUACAAAAUGACAAGGAUGUGCUUAUUAAAAAGGAGCCGGAGUCGAAAUCGAAGCCAGCUGCCAAGCGUAAGUUGCCCAUCGCUGAGCCUGCAGAGGAAGACAGUGACAUUGAGGAGCAGAAUGGUAAGCGCAAAAAGAAACGUAUUGUGGUGCCAGAAUCUGAGAGCGAAGAGGAAUACGAGUCCAAGUCGGAGGAGGAGGACUUCUCUGAAGAUGGCUCCGAUUAUCAGCCAGAUGAAAAGGAUGCCACCAUUAGCGAAGAGAGUGACAGUGGCGACGAAGAGAAAGAUGAUGAUGACAGCGCCUCUGAAAAAGAACCCACUCCCAAAAAGCCUCGCAAGAAGCCCACAAAGAACUCCAUUAACAAUAACAACAACAAUGAGCCGGCCACGAAGAAGGUUAAGCUGGAGCAGGAGCCUGUGUUGGCCACAGGUGGCACGUUGAUGGAGAAGCUGAAGCAUCUGCAGAGCAAUGCCAAAAAGGAUGCGGCGUACGAUGACAUUGUGACCACAACAUCGAACUUUGAUGAGCCCGUUGUAUGGCCACAUCAGAAGCUGGAGUUUCUGCAGCCGGAAAAGAUCAAGGACAAGGCAGGCAGGCGACCAGAUCAUCCCGAUUAUGACAAGAGCACACUGCAUGUGCCCGAGAAGUUUCUCAAUUCAUUGUCACCGGGAGUGCGUCAAUGGUGGGUUCUCAAGUCAGAUAACUUUGAUUGCGUGCUCUUCUUCAAAGUGGGAAAGUUCUAUGAGUUGUAUCAUGGCGAUGCCGAUGUGGGCGUCAAUGAGCUAGGCUUCACCUAUAUGCGUGGUGAAUUCGCGCACUCCGGCUUCCCAGAGAUCUCCUUCGACAAGAUGUCUUCUAUAUUGAUUGAUCGUGGCUAUAAAGUUGCUCGUGUGGAGCAAACAGAGACGCCUGAUAUGAUGACAGAGCGUUGCAAGCGCAUUAAACCCACCAAAUUCGACAAGGUUGUGGCACGUGAAAUCUGCCAGAUUACGGAUCGUGGCACCAAAGUCUUUGGCUCCCAGUGCGCCAUCGGACCCAAUCAUCAGCCCAACUAUAUGCUCGCUUUGGUAGAACAGGACGAGGGCAGCAACAGCAAGUACGGCGUCUGCUUCAUUGACACUUCAAUUGGCGACUUUCAUGUGGGUGAAUUUGACGAUGACAAGAGCUGCUCCCGACUGCUGACGCUGCUCUCCCAUCACAUGCCAGUGCUGCUACUCCAUGAGAAGUCCGCUCUAAGCUCGCGCACUCAGCAAAUCCUGCGCACCGUGCUCGGCGGCAUUCUCAAGGAGCAACUGCCCAGCUCUGGAGCACAACUUUGCAGCGCUGAGAAGACCUUGAAGCUGCUCGCUGAACGCUACUAUGCGGGCAGUGGCAACGAGGACAAUUGGCCCUUGGUGUUGCGCAGCAUGCAAUCCGACACGGAUCAUUUGGGACUUACGCCAGCUGAUCCCUACAAGCUUGCUCUAAAGGCUCUCGGGCAAUGCAUUCACUACAUAGCCAAAUGCAAGCUGGAGCCGAAAGUACUCCCAAUGGCGCGCUAUCAGCUCUAUGUGCCACCAGAUGAGCAGGAGGGGAACAAGCCAGCAGCAGUGGCCUCAAAGUUGCGUCGCUCGCACAUGGUGCUGGAUGCCACCACGUUGUCCAAUCUGCGCAUCAUUGGCGAGGAGCAUUCGCUGAUGUCCACGCUGGAUCAUUGUUGCACGAAGUUUGGCAAACGCUUGCUCCAUCAUUGGCUCUGCGCUCCGAGCUGCGAUUUGGAGGUCAUCAAAGAAAGACAGCAGGCAAUUGGAGAGCUAUUGAAUCGCCCAGAAGAGCUGCAGCAAUUGCGCGCUUUGUUGGCUCCAAUGCCUGACUUUGAGCGUCACUUGGCACAGAUUCAUUUGUUUGGCAACAACCAGAUUAAGCAAGCAGAUCAUCCCGAUUCGCGAGCCAUUCUCUUUGAGGAAAAGUUGUACAACAAACAGAAGCUACGCAGCUUCAUGAGCAUUCUCAAGGGUUUCGAGACAUUGAUGCAAUUGCCUGCAAUGUUUAAGGACUCGGAAACUGUGCUCCUUAAGCGGUUAACUCAAUUUCAAGCGAACGGCGGCGGCUUUCCGGAUCUUAGCAAGCAGCUGGAGUUCUUUGAGCAUGCCUUUGAUCAUGAAGCGGCUGACAAAACCGGCGUCGUUGCACCACAAUCCGGCAUCGAUGCAGACUACGAUGAGGUGCAGGAUCGCAUUGCUGAAAUCGAGGGACGUUUGAAGACCUACUUGACCGAGCAGGAGCGUCACUUUGGCUGCCGUGUCGUCUACUUUGGCUCCGACAAGAAACGCUAUCAGCUGGAGGUGCCUGAAUCGCAUGCCCACAAAGCCAACAAAUCCUAUGCGCUGGAGGGGCAGGUGAAGGGCAAGAAACCAGCACGUCGCUAUACCACAAAUGAGACCAAAGCGUUGCUCAAGGACAUGCAACAGGCUGAGGAGGCACGUAAUGCAGUGCUCAAGGAUUUGGCGCGUCGUCUGUUUGAAAAGUUCUCGAAUCAUUAUGAGCAAUGGAAGCAGUGUAUCGACUGCGUGUCCACGUUGGAUGUGCUGGGCGCUUUGGCGGAAUACGCACGUCAGCAGCUGGUCAUCUGUGUGCCGGAGCUGGACUCGGCACAGUCGCAGCCCUUCAUCGAGCUAGAAGAGGGCUAUCAUCCUUGUGUGAAUGCCUCCACUUAUAUACCCAAUGGCAUGCAGCUAGGCACGGAGACCGAGGCGCCGUUGUCGCUCCUUACUGGCCCCAAUAUGGGUGGCAAAAGCACGCUGAUGCGCCAGGUUGGCUUGCUGGUUAUCAUGGCGCAGAUUGGCGCUCACAUUCCCGCUGUCAGCUGUCGCUUUUCGGUGGUCGAUCGCAUAUUUACGCGUCUUGGCGCACAGGACGAUAUUCUCGCGGGGCACAGCACGUUUCUGGUGGAGCUCAACGAGACGUCGCUUAUACUCAAGCAUGCCACAACCCACUCGCUGGUACUGCUGGAUGAAUUGGGUCGUGGUACAGCCACCUACGAUGGCACAGCUAUUGCUGCAUCGGUGGUCAACUUUUUGGCCAAUCUCAAGUGUCGCACGUUGUUCUCGACACAUUAUCAUAAUCUGAUUGAUUUCUUUCACAUGGACAAGCGCAUUACAUUGGGUCACAUGGCUUGCAUGGUGGAGAACGAAGACAACACAGAUCCCACACAAGAAACAGUUACAUUCCUCUACAAAUAUACAGCUGGUGCCUGUCCCAAAUCGUAUGGCUUUAAUGCCGCCAAAUUGGCUGGUAUGCCGCAGGGCAUUAUUAAGCGUGCUUACGAGCUGUCGAAGAAAGUGGAGGCCAUUGCAUUGCAGCGUAAAAUUACGGCCAAAAUUGUGGCAGCUGCCGUCGGUGAUGUUGACCAGAAGCAAAUGAAAUUGAACAACUUAAAAGAUUUGCUGCAGCAGCUCAAACUGUGUCAUGCUUAAACAAACGGUGCUAUGCUAACCUAAGAUUGUUUGGAGGCUUACAAAUAGAAUAGAAGAACAAUGAAACACCUGCUCAUAUAUUUGAACAAUCUGUUGAAGUGUCAUUGAAUUUCCCAACUGCAUUUUUUUCGUGUUCAUUUUUUUUUGUACUUAAUUUUAAAAUGUCACGUAUACGAAGCUUUUUAAGCCACUGGAAUAUGCCAUUGAAUGUUGAAACACUUGCCAGUAUUUUAAUUUAAACAGAAUUCAUGUCGAUUUGUUGUAUUUGUUGCAUUGUUUAUU